AGAAUCCAGCUGGCCUGUUUGCGCCACGUCGCGCGCACCCAAGAGUUGGUUGGGCUAGCGGAUCUGAACUUCGGGUUUUCCUCCCGUAUUUUUAGGUAAUCUGUAGCCGAGUUUUCGCUAGUUUUCUCAUAUUUAGACAGACUAAAUACCCACCGAGUAUUUCCUGGAGUGACCGAGUGUGUAGACUCUGUAUUUAGAGCACAGUUUAUCGUUUGUCUACGCAGAGGUUUGUUGUUGUGAUUGCGCCAUCCUCGCACCUCCGUCUUCGUGUCGACUUUGGGCACCGUUUUGUGGUUCUUACACAACUGGGAGCGUCUGUAGCCCCACGUUAGCUGGACACGGCUCAAGUUGUCGAUUCUGUGACUCUGUAGACACCAAGAUGCGAGCCGAGGGAGGUGUAGAGGAUCAUCUUGUCAUGAGGGGGAAAGGAUCAUCACCCACCAAAGUCAAGACGGAGGAGUUCAUGUUUGAGGAAGAAGACGAUCCAACAAGAACUGUGGAGAGUGUGAAAGAACCAGCUGGAGAUGGACAGCCUCCAAAAGAAGAAAAGCCAGGUGAACAGCCAGGAAUCGUGCGCAAGGUUGGGUCUGGAGUGUACAACACAGCAACAGGGGCGCUGGGAAUGGGCUUCAGUGGGAUCAAGUGGGUAGCAGGCACCAGCUACAGCGUCGUCACAAAGGCGCCAUCAGCAGGCUAUGGAGUGGUCAGUUCUGGGGUCAGUUCUGUGACCAGUCGGCUACCGUCAGUGUCCAUACCCUUAUGGAGGGGCAAAGGAAAGGACAAGAACGAUUGAUGUCACGGUGGUCAGUGUGACACAUCAGUAGCCAGGAUUCUAAACUGAGGAUAUAGCAAUAUGGAAGGGAGCACAAGGGAAGCUUCUCUUUGACAACUGUAUGAUUACCUGGAGGCUAGAUACUGGAAUGUUUGUGCUUCUCAACAUGUAAAGGCAUGUUGCCUGUAAAUGGAAAUAGUUGCCAUAUUGUUGCAUAGCCCAAAUUCAGGAUGAAUUUUGGAUGGAACCCCUUUUGUAAUAUAUGGGGCCAAAGUGACAAGGAACUGGGGCCACUGCAUAUACUGUGUGAGUUUUCAUGGACAUGCCUUAUCUAAUGACCAAACUAAUAUCUUGUCACAGUAUGCUGGUAUUCAUAUAAUAUGAUAGUGGUUAGUAGUACAUGUUGUAUUACUAGUAGAAGCUGAGUCAUUAUUGGAAAUAUCAUUUUACAGACUCACUGAUAUAACUGUUACAGAAAAAGAAGCUUGAAGUGAUUCCGUUACGCAUUUCCAUCAAUUUCUCAUGACCAUUUUUGCAUUUUGCAUUUGUAUGUUAAUCUGUUGCCUAAUCAACCAGACUGGCUGUAUGUUAAAGUUAGCUAUAGCAAAGUGAUAUAUUAGGAAGUUAGAUGUGCCUUAAAAAGCAACUUUUCCCAAGAUGUAGACAUUGUCAAAGUUCCAGUAUAUCUAUUUUUGCCAGUGUUGUUAUGAAGAAUGUUGCUAUCAUAGACAAGGGACCAGGAGAAAGUAUUGUAACUAAUUUACUAAAGAACCAUGACUGAUGAUUGACCAUUGACUGGAAUGUUGAGAAGUGCAUUUAUACUACCAGUAUUAUAGCUGCAGCUUGUACUGUGAUGUUGUUGUACAAUGCUGUAACGAAAUCUCACCAACUAGUGGUACUUGUAAUGCAACUUAUUGUAAAGACAAACACACAAAUGUAUUUUGUUAUUCCUCAUUCCACUCUAGUCUGUAUGAAUGUGAAAUUAGGGACCAGUUGAAAAAAAGUGAGGUGUCUAUUUUGAGGUUUAGUGCCCUGUCAAACAAUGCAAGCAUAAGGUAUUUU